ACGUUUAGUUUGUUUACCGGUGACGUCACGGGGAGGCAGCCGCCGUUCGGACCGUUCCUCGUUAGGAUACCAUUUUAUCUGUUUUCCGGUGCCAGCAGGAAGCCGACACGAUGACGGCGCCACCAGCAGCCCUCCUCAACAAGAACAAGAAAAACUUCAUCGGCAUGCCCGCGCCCCUGGGCUACGUGGCGGGCGUGGGGCGAGGAGCUACAGGCUUCACCACUCGGUCUGACAUUGGUCCAGCACGUGACGCUAAUGAUGUGUCAGAUGACAGACAUGCUCCACCCAACAAGCGGAAGAAAAAAGAUGACGAUGACGACGAGGACCUUAACGAUGCCAACUAUGAUGAGUUCAAUGGGUAUGGAGGGUCACUGUGCAGCAAGGAUCCCUAUGACAAGGAUGAUGAGGAGGCAGAUGCUAUAUAUGAUGAAAUAGACAAACGCAUGGACGAGAAGCGCAGGGAAUAUCGAGAGAUGCGCCUAAAGGCUGAAUUGGAGAACUACCGACAGGAGCGGCCAAAGAUUCAGCAGAUGUUCACUGACCUCAAGCGUGAGUUGGCUGGCGUCUCUGAAAAUGAGUGGAGUUCCAUCCCAGAGGUAGGAGAUGCCAGGAACCGCAAACAGAGGAACCCCAGACCAGAGCGAUUCACCCCACUGCCGGACAGUGUUCUCAGCCACAACUUGGGAGGCGAAAAUGUGACCGCAAUUGAUCCUGGCUCUGGCCUGGCCUCCAUGAUGCCUGGAACCUCCACCCCAGGCAUGCUGACACCAAGUGGUGACCUUGACCUCCGGAAGAUUGGUCAGGCUCGCAACACCCUGAUGGGCAUGAGGCUGAACCAGGUCUCAGAUGCAGUAGGGGGACAGACAGUGGUAGACCCUAAAGGCUACCUCACAGAUCUGCAGAGUAUGAUUCCUCAGUAUGGCGGGGACAUCAAUGACGUGAAGAAAGCUCGGCUGCUCCUCAAGUCAGUGAGGGAGACUAACCCUAACCACCCACCUGCCUGGAUCGCCUCUGCCCGUCUGGAGGAGGUAACUGGCAAGAUCCAGUCCGCCCGUAACCUAAUCAUGAAGGGGUGUGAGAUGUGCCCAAAAUCUGAAGAUGUGUGGCUGGAGGCAGCAAGGCUUCAGCCCCCCGACACAGCCCGAGCGGUGAUAGCUCAAGCCGUGCAGACGCUGCCAUACUCACCCAGGAUAUGGAUCAAGGCAGCCGACCUUGAGCUGGAGCUGAAGGCCAAGAAGCGUGUGUACCGCAAGGCUCUAGAGCAAAUCCCAAAUUCUGAGUUACUCUGGAAACUUGCUGUGGAGCUGGAGGAGGAGGAAGACGCCAAGAUCCUUCUGAGUCGGGCAGUGGAAUGUUGUCCCACAUCAGUUGACCUGUGGCUGGCUCUGGCUCGGCUAGAAGUGUAUGAGAAUGCCAGGAAGGUACUCAACAAGGCCCGUGAAAACAAUCCAAAAGACCGACAGAUCUGGAUCACAGCCGCCAAGCUGGAGGAGGCCAAUGGCAAUGAUACACUGGUGGGUAAGAUUGUGGAGAGAGCCAUCUCCACGCUACAAGCCAAUAUGGUGGACAUAAACCGAGACUUUUGGAUCAAGGACGCCAUGGAAGCAGAACAUGCUGGGGCCGUGCUCACCUGCCAGUGCAUCAUCAAGAACAUUAUUGGUCAUGGAGUGGAGGAUGAGGACCGCAAGCACUCUUGGAUGGAGGAUGCUGAUAGCUGUGCCACUCAGGGAGCCUAUGAAUGCGCCAGGGCCAUCUAUAGCCAUGCCCUCUCUAUCUUCCCGAAAAAAAAGUCUGUCUGGCUGGCUGCUGCCCACUUUGAGAGGAGCCAUGGUACCAGAGAGUCCCUAGAGACACUCCUGCAGCAGGCAGUCACCCACUGUCCCCAGGAGGAGACACUUUGGCUCAUGGGAGCCAAGUCCAAGUGGUUGGCAGGAGAUGUUCCAGCUGCUCGGUCCAUCUUAGCUCUGGCCUUCAAGGCCAACCCCAACUCUGAAGAAAUCUGGUUGGCAGCCGUAAAGCUUGAGUCUGAAAACAAUGAGUAUGAACGAGCCAGGCGGUUGCUGGCCAAAGCCCGCUCCCAGGCAGCCACACCCAAAGUGAUGAUGAAAUCAGCACACCUGGAAUGGGCUCUUGGCAACCUGGAGGUGGCCAAGAACCUUCUCGAUGAGGGCCUCAAGGAAGUGGGUGACUUUGCCAAGCUAUGGAUGAUGAAGGGCCAGAUCCUAGAGCAGCAGGGCCGCACGGAGGAUGCCUGGGAGGUGUACAGAGAUGCCGUCAAGCGGUGCCCGUCCUCCAUCCCCCUGUGGCGACUGCUAGCAACCCUGGAAGAAAAGCAGGGCAGGCUGGUCACUGCCCGAGCCACCCUGGAGAAGUCCCGUGUCAGAAACCCCAUGAAUGAGGAGCUGUGGCUUAUGGCCAUUAGGCUGGAGCUGCGGGCAGGCCAACGAGAGGUGAGCCGUGCCCUCAUGGCCCGUGCCCUGCAAGAGUGUCCAUCCUCAGGCAUCCUAUGGGCCCAGGCCAUCUACCUGGAGGACCCAGCCCAGCGGAAAAGUCGCAGCGUGGACGCCCUCAAGCGGUGCCAAGACGAUGCCCAUGUGGUGCUGGCUGUGGCCAAGAUGUUCUGGAUGGAGGGUAAAAAGAAUAAGGCCCGUGAGUGGUUCAACAAGACUGUCAAGAUUGACCCUGACCUUGGGGAUGCCUGGGCCUGGUAUUACAAGAUGGAGAUACUGUUUGGCACGGAGGAGCAGAUACAGGAGGUGAAGAAGCGGUGCCUGGCUGCUGACCCCCACCACGGAGAGCACUGGUGCCAGGUCUCCAAGGACAUCAACAAUUGGAGGAAAAAGACGCCAGAGAUCCUGCAACUGGUGGCUGACAAGCUGCCCAUCCCUGUCAUGACCAGGGAGGUGUACUAGAGGCCAGCCAAGACAUCAUGUGCUGUCAUCCAGAUUUGUGUAUAAGUGCUCAGAGACAAGUGUGAGGUAUGAGUACCAGUGGAAAGGGGACACCUAGUAUAACUUUGUUUUAUUGAUAGAUUAUAUUUUUCAGAAGAGAUAGUAACAUGUGCACUGGCACUUGAUUUGUCUGUCUGUCUUUGUCUCAACCCUUCCUCACAGAUACACAGUCAUUGCCAGUGAGGAGCAGGAGCUUUGGUGAAGAGACUCAAGAAUCAUAAAGUACUGUGUAGUGUUAUCUGGAGCAGAUUUUAUGAGUCAAACCAUCACUUUUUUCUUCAGUACUUAUUGUUGCAUGACACAAUAAUUUGAAAGGCUUUUGUAAUGAAGUGUAAAUAUAUACAUACAUAUAUAUUAAAAAAUUAUUAAAACAACUAUGACAAACCGUACUUUCUGAUUACAUAGACUAGGAUAAACUUGAUUCUUAUGCUUUACAUGUGUUAUAAUAAGCUGAGUUAUGGAGGAAUAUGCCUAAAUAUUUCAUCAGUUGAAACUAUUUGAGCAAAAUAGACUCCACUCCAGUUGACUUAAUGAUGUGCUGGAGCUGGGUGUGCUGGGGCUCCCUGACCUUGGCUCAUGAGGUAUAUACCUGACCCAAGCCCUGCCGAAGCUCACACACUGAACACCCUCAUCUUUCUUUGUGUUGUCUGGCAUGGAUUUAUUUAUUUAUUUAUUUUUUUUAUUUUUUUUUUUUUUUUCAAUUUUAGAUACCUCUCUACAAUGUACCUUUGUAUAUAGUUUAGGAUUUAGAUGGCUAACCUUUCCUAUCCUUGGUUGUAAUUUUUGCAAUAAUAAAAAUAUUCAACCAA